GUCGGGCUUCCUCGCACAGCACGCUAGUAUUGUUUCGUUCCUAACAACCUGCUGCCUGUAGUUGCUGUGUGUGUUGUCCACUCAUGUCUCCGUGGGUUUCGGUUGAGAACUGUUCCCCGCAGCCGUGUGAGCGACGCUGCGGGCGGCUUGACGUUUAGCUCCUCUGCCUUCUUUUUGCAGUGUGGCCUUCAGCCGCGGCUGCGAGUUAACUUUAUCUUUCAGCGUCGCUUUGCUCCUAAAGUCAUAUUUAUUUCAUGAAGAUGGCGGCGAGUGGGACACUUAAAUGACUGUCAGAAACAUCGCCUCCAUCUGUAAUAUGGGCACCAAUGCCUCUGCUCUGGAGAAAGACAUUGGCCCGGAGCAAUUCCCAAUCAAUGAGCACUACUUUGGAUUGGUCAAUUUUGGAAACACAUGUUACUGUAACUCGGUGCUCCAGGCUCUGUACUUCUGCCGGCCUUUUCGGGAGAACGUGUUGGCCUACAAAGCCCAGCAGAAGAAGAAGGAGAACCUGCUCACAUGCCUGGCUGACCUCUUCCACUCCAUUGCCACACAGAAGAAGAAAGUUGGCGUCAUCCCACCCAAAAAGUUCAUCUCCCGUUUACGAAAGGAGAAUGACCUGUUUGACAACUACAUGCAACAGGAUGCCCAUGAAUUCCUCAACUACCUGCUGAACACUGUGGCAGAUAUCCUGCAGGAGGAAAAGAAGCAGGAAAAGCAGAAUGGACGCCUCAAGAACAACGGCACUGCUGUCACCACAGAGACUGAGACAGAGAACAAGAUGGAGCCCACAUGGGUUCAUGAUAUCUUCCAAGGCACACUGACCAAUGAGACACGUUGUCUCAACUGUGAAACAGUAAGCAGUAAAGAUGAGGACUUUCUGGACCUUUCUGUGGAUGUGGAGCAGAACACAUCAAUAACACACUGUCUCAGGGACUUCAGUAACACAGAGACUUUGUGCAGUGAAUACAAGUACUACUGUGAGACAUGCUGCAGCAAGCAAGAAGCACAAAAACGGAUGUGUGUGAAGAAGCUUCCUAUGAUCCUGGCAUUACACCUGAAAAGGUUCAAGUACAUGGAACAGCUGCACCGCUACACCAAGCUGUCAUACCGAGUGGUUUUCCCUCUAGAACUGCGUCUCUUCAACACGUCUGGAGAUGCCGUCAACCUGGAUCGCAUGUAUGAUCUGGUGGCUGUGGUGGUUCACUGUGGCAGUGGUCCAAACAGAGGUCAUUAUAUCACGAUCGUGAAGAGUCACGGCUUCUGGCUGCUGUUUGACGAUGACAUUGUCGAGAAAAUUGAUGCCCAGGCCAUCGAGGAGUUUUACGGACUCACCUCUGACAUCUCUAAAAACUCUGAGUCUGGAUACAUCCUCUUCUACCAGUCUAGGGAGUGACUGGAUCUGAAUCAGCAGCAGAUGAGACAACAGAAGAGGUUUAGAGUCUUUUAUUUAUUUAUUUUUUUAAUAGGCCCAGACCUUUUCUGUGUCCACCCAUAUCUUUCUUCCAGGUCAGACUUCGGUGCCAGUCCUGGACAUGUAGCCAGCCCCUGGGUUCAUCUGCUCUUCACCUCAAUGUAGUUCUCUUCUGAGCCUUUAUUCACCCACAUCUAAACUGCACUUUACAACAACAACUAAAUACUCAAAAGUAUGAAGCAAACAAGGAAGGUUUGUUUCAAGCUUCUGGCUAAUUAUGGGUCAAAGCCCACAGAAGGGGUUCUCCUGCAAAGUCUGGCCAUUUACCGGGAUCCAUGAUGUGGUGAAGGUCAGAUACACAAACAGUGUUUGCAAAUUGUACAGUAUCGUUUAUUUAUAUAAAAGGUCUAUUCCCAUGUUGUUAAAUAAGGUCAAUAUCCGCAGUGCUGUCUUUCACAUGUUCGUGUCUUACACCUUAGUAGAUGCAUGACGUUGGUGGCAAACGCAGUGCAGUUUGCUCACAAAGGUUUAAUGCAUUUGCAAAGGUUUUGCAGCAAUAUUUAAGCAUCGGAAUGAGAGAACGUGUGACUCUAUCUACCUAAA